CGCAGAAGCCCGGCUCCCCCUCCGCCGCCCUGGACGGUGGUUGGCUCCGGAGCCGGUUCUGCCUGCGCGGUGCUGGCGGAAGUAGAGCGCGACGGCCGCAGGAGUCCGCCCGCCGGCGCUGGGCUACCGACCCUUGGCCCGGCCGCCGCUCCGGCUUCCUCGGUCCAGGACGUCGUUGGCACCAUGGCCGGCUACCCUAAAAGCUAUAAUCCUUUCGACGAGGACGCGGAAGACGAGGACAGCCGGCCGGUGCCGUGGAAGGACGCCCGCGACCUGUCCAGCGGGUCCGAGGCUCCCAUGGACCGGCAGCAGUACCUGAGACAGGAGGUGCUGCGUAGGGCCGAGGCUACGGCCACCAGCACCAGCAGGUCCUUGUCUCUCAUGUAUGAAUCGGAGAAGGUCGGAGUCGCCACUUCUGAGGAGCUGGUCCGGCAGCGAGGAGUCCUAGAACACACAGAGAAGAUGGUGGACAAGAUGGAUCAGGAUUUGAAGAUGAGCCAGAAACAUAUCAACAGCAUUAAGAGUGUGUUUGGAGGAUUUAUCAACUACUUCAAAUCCAAACCAGUAGAGACUUCACCUGAACAAAAUGGCAGUAUUGGCCCCCUGCCCAGUAGCAAAUUGAAAGAAGCCAUAAAUACAAGUAAAGAUCAGGAAAGCAAGUACCAGGCCAGUCACCCAAACCUCAGAAGGCUGCAUGAGGCAGACCCGGUACCUGAAGGGCCUGCUUCUGCUGUAACUACUGAGGUUUACCCAAAGAACUCCAGCCUUCAAGCCUAUCACCAGAAGAUCGACAGCAACCUAGAUGAGCUGUCCAUGGGAUUGGGCCGACUGAAGGACAUAGCCUUAGGAAUGCAGACAGAAAUUGAGGAGCAAGAUGACAUUCUUGAUCGACUAACAACCAAAGUAGACAAGUUAGAUGUCAAUAUAAAAAGCACAGAAAAGAAAGUUCGGCAACUCUGAAGAAACUGAGAAGGAAUUGUACUCCAUUGUGAUGAAAAGAUUCAAAAAGUCUUUUAAACUCUUAAAUGUCAUUGACUAUAUAGUAUGUAAUUUAACAUGUGUUUUUCAAAUGUGGGUCUUAAGAAAUUUUAGUUUCAGUAAGGAAAAAUUUUGUUAAGACUAACACCUCUAAAGUUCUGUGAACUGUCUGCUAGGUUUUAGUCUAACCAUGGCAGACUAAUUGUAAACACCCAGAGCCUUUGAUUACUAUGCUGGAAGGGCAGAAAAUAUUGCAUUUCUAUUUCUGUGAUUAUUUGCAAAGAUGUGGACAGAGUGUCAGUCCUGUAACUACUGCCUUUCCCUUAGCCAUCUAGUUACUGUGUUUCUCCAAGGCCUUACUGUGAAUUCAGAUGUGAAGAGACCCUGGGUUUUUGGCAGAAGGAAGGGUCCUUCCACAUCCUUAUAUAUCAGACCUUGUGAACCUACCUGCACACACACUGAGCACACUACUCUGCCCCUGAAAAGGAUCCCUGUUAGUUCCAGAAAUAAAAUUUGUUGCCUUCGUUGCUCUACCCCUCUAGCCCUCUGAUCUUGUCCUCCAUUUUAGUAGAAGAACUCAGACUAGAACUGUUGGAUAUGACACAUGCAAAUACAGAAACUGGAUGAGCCCUUCUUCCCCACCUACUCUCCUCUCAGGCUUUCCAUCUCUGGUGGGGACAGAUUUUCUCCAUUGGCUCAAAGCCAACUGGUUGGUUGAUGGUGAACUCCUGUGGAGUUGUGGGUAUAGAGUAUCACACAGAAACCUUGCCACUGAGCCCGCUGCCUCUAGGAAUAGUACCAAAGGCAGUGCUUAUUUGAUGCCUGGAGUCUCCUUGUCCACCCCAGACUCUCACCCAUUCUCUUUUUCUACAAAAAUGCCUCACCUAAUAUUUAGACUUUGACUCCAUAAUAACUAAACUUAUGUAAGGCAUUUGACCAAGAAAAAGCCCAGAUAACAUUUUAGCUAGCUCGGUGUGUUUAUUCCCAUCAUUUUCCAGAAGAAAAUAUUUAGAAGUGUUAAUUAAAAUUGAUUUCUACAACAAAUUUUCCUUGUGUUGCCAGUAAACUCACUGAAGCAGCAGAGCACAUGGCUGCCUUAACAUCAAAUGCAAACAUUUUGAAGAUGGUAAAAGGGACCUUUUUACUAGUAAACUAAAUGCCAGUGCCUUCUUGCCUUAAAACAUGGCUUAUGUGCCAUUUGGGGAUCCUUCCUUUAGCAUAUGAAUUCUGUAGUGGGGGGCUGCAGUGGGGCUAUGGAUGUGGCUCAGUGGUCAAGUACCUACCCUUCCCCCUUGCAGCCUGGCAUUGAUCUCCACCACUGAGGAGAGAGAAAAUGAGGUAACAGCAUUUUUACUGUUUAUUUAGCAACUUGUUCACAGCUCUGUCACAAAAUAUCCAACCUUCCUAAAACCAUAGCAGCCACAGGCAGAAAGGGAUGCCAAUUGUCAUGUGUCUCUAGAUCUAAAGAUCUAACUGAGGUGGACCUCUGUGAGUUUGAGGCCAGCCAGGCCUAUAUACCAAGACUUGUCUCAAACAAUAUAGAGAGACCAACCCAUAUUAUUUCUACUCCUAAUUUUUUUCAGUUUUUUUCUAUAAAACUUUCCAUAUGUUGUAACUGUUCCUCUUUAUCACCAUCAGAUAUAGCCUCGUGGAAUUUAAUUAUUAUACUUCAGUCCCAAGAAAUUAACUCAUGAGAAUGCCUUCUGUUGGGAUCCUAGUGUUACUGAUUUAGCUGACUGAAAAGGGACAUUUUAUGCACUUCCCUUUCCCAAUCUUUUUAACUCCAUGAACAUGAAACCUGUCUUCCUCUAAACCAGUAGAGGGCCUCGACCAUUUUGUCCUGUUCUUCGGACCCUGUGGUGUGUUGAGGUUGUCCCUUGGCUGCUGGAGACUGGCUGCUGCAGGAGCUAUCAUAACAAAGCAUGGUGGUUUGCAUGUCACAGAAAACAAAGGAUCCAAAGAAAUUCCAGAGCUAGAGCUGCUGGCUGAGUUUGUAAUCAGAGCACAUAGGCCAAGGCAGAAAGGUUGCCAUGAGUUCGAGGUUUAGGAUGAGAUCUUUUCUCGAAAGAAUCAGAUCAGUGGCUGGUAAGAGGGAUUGGGGGGGAGGGAGAAAAGGAGAGAAUUACUGCUGUGCCCUAGCCUAGGAAGUGUUAGUGUUGGAGAGGUGGUGGGAGUGAGCGAAAUGGGCUCCAGAUAUCACAGACCAGUGAACAUAUCUUUGCCGUGUGAGGUCUACAAGACAGACUAAAACAAACUGCCGUCAGAAAGGUGGCAUUUAUAACUUAAGGUCAGCUGUGUGCUAAGUGUGCUACUAAAAUAAGUGCGUUCUUCUCUGGAGAAGACCAACAGUUACUGACUUGUAAUUUAGCACUAGAGCGACCUCAUGAAUUGUUUGUCCUCAUUCUGUAGGAGAGGCCUGGAGUCCAUGCAUGUAAUAAGUAAAAAAAGAGCCAAGCAUCUUAAUUUCCCUUCCUCUUAUAAAUGUGUAAUUUUAAGUAUAUAAUGUAUCACUUAAGUAAAAAAUUUUCUACUUUGCUUGAA